AAGAUGGGUUGGCGUCCAACUCCCCUACUACGUCCGCUGAAGUAUCGCUCCUGUCUCUUCUCCGCCUCCACUGAAAAAGGUAUCAGAUCGUAGAAAAAAGAGCAGGAGUCGCGUCCCGUGACAUAAUGCCCGCCCUGCCCCUGGAUCAACUCCAGCUCCCAGACCAGGACCCCAAGACCGGAAAGCCGCGGACUCUCCCGGCGCUGCAUCCGGCCCGGAAGGCGGAGCGGUACUUCGUGCUGUACAAGCCGCCCCCCGACAGCGACACCCCGGCCCUGGUGGAAGAGUUCCUGGAAAGGGCCACCUUCAUCGCCGAUGACCUCGACUGGCUCCUGGCGCUGCCCCACCACCAGUUCUGGUGCCAGGUGAUCUUCGACGAGACCCUGCAGAAAUGCCUGGACUCCUACCUCCGCUCGGCCCCUCGCAAGUUCGACGCGGCGGCCGCCCCCACCUCCGCCGUCGGCGACCUGCAGAGGCGUCUGCACCGCUCCGUCUUCCUCACCUUCCUCCGCAUGUCCACGCACAAGGAGUCCAGGGAUCAUUUCAUCUCCCCGUCCGCCUUCGGGGAGAUCUUGUACGACAACUUCCUGUUUGACAUCCCCAAGAUGCUGGACCUCUGCGUGCUCUUCGGAAAGGGCAACGGACCCCUGCUCCAGAAGAUGAUCGAAAACGUCUUUGUUCAGCAGGCGAGCUACUACAGCGACCUGGAGGAAACCGUGCCCACAGUCCUCCAGGUGUUGGGCAGCAUUCUCCGUCAGUGCGGCCUGCGGGGGGACGCCGCCUCCGCCGAACCCCAAAAACUGGGGGAACGAGGCCGGACGACCCCCAGCCACAUGCCUCUGGAGGAGCUGAAGGACAUCGUGCUGUACCUCUGCGACACUUCCACCACCCUGUGGGCCUUUCUGGACGUCUUCCCUCAGGCCUGCCAAACCUUCCAGAAACACGACUUCUGCUACAGGUUGGCUUCAUUUUACGAAGCAGCGAUCCCUGAGCUGGAGGCCGCCAUUAAGAAGAGGAGACUCGAGGACAGCGGGCUAUUUGCUGACCUGUGGCAGCGACUCUCCCAUUCGCGGAAGAAGCUGGUGGGGGUCUUUCACAUCCUCAUCAACCAGCUGUGCCUCCUACCCAUCUUGGAAAGCAGCUGUGACAACAUCCAGCUGUUCAUCGAGGAGUUCCUGCAGAUCUUCACCUCCCUCCUGCAGGAGAAGAGGUUUCUGCGAGACUACGACGAACUGUUCCCGGUGGCGGACGACGUGAGCUUGCUGGAGCAGGCCUCGGCGGCCCUAGACGAGACCCGCACAGCCUACAUCCUCCAGGCCGUGGAGGGCGCCUGGGAAGGGGUGGAGAGGAGGCCGGCCCGGGCCCCGCCCCGGGACCUUGCUGAACCGGCAGCGGCAGCAGAGCCCUGCGGCGGCGGAGGGGAGCGCCCGGAGGACAGCCCGGAGGAGACGGAGGUGGCCGGAGCGACGGCGGGGGCGGCCGGGGCGGCGGCCCCCGCGGUCCACCUGUCCAGGGUGGAGCUGGACUCCCUGAUUUCCCAAGUGAAAGACCUGCUGCCCGAUCUCGGGGAGGGCUUCGUCCUGGCCUGCCUGGAGCACUACGGCUACGACGCGGAGCAGGUGAUCAACAACAUCCUGGAGGAGCGGCUGGCUCCCUCCCUGAGCCGGCUGGACCGCACCCUCAACAGGCAGCUGGAGCCGGACCCAACGCCACUGGUGACGUCGCGCUACAACGUCUUCCAGAACGACGAGUUCGACGUGUUCAGCAGGGACUCCGUGGACCUGUCGCGGGUGCAGAAGGGCAGGAGGAGACUGGAGCCCACACGCAGCCUGCUGAACGACAAGCGGGCGGUGCAGGAGCAGCGCGGGCGGUACGAGCAGUACAGCGUGGUGGUGGACGAGGUGCCCGUCCAGGACGGGCAGGGCCAGGCCUUCCGCGACGACUACGACGACGAGUACGACGACACCUACGACGGCAACCAGGUGGGCGCCAACGACGUGGACUCGGACGACGAGCUCAUCAGCCGCAGGCCUUUCACAAUCCCUCGGAUCCUGAGAACCAAAGUGCCCAACGAGAGGCCGGAAGACGACGACGACGAGGAGGAAGAGGAGGCCGAGGACGACGCCCCAAAGCCCGAUCACUUCAUCCAGGACCCAGCCGUGCUGAGGGAGCGGGCCGAAGCCAGGAGGAUGACCUUCCUUGCCAGGAGAGGGUACAAGCACGACAGCUCCGCGGUGGCGGCGGGCGCCGGGAACCCCAAGACCGGCCAAGAGCGCCGGAAGAAAGAGGCCAACAAGGGGGCGAGGGCCAACCACAACCGGCGGAACAUGGCGGACAGGAAGAGGAGCAAGGGCAUGAUCCCCUCCUAAGGGCUCCUGUCCCCUCCCCGGCCCUCGGGGCGAAGGGCUAACAGGUUUCCCAGCCAUGUCUUCUCCCCUCCUCCCCCUUCCUCCCCAGGAUUGCUCCACCCCUUUCCCAUCCCCUCCCUCCGUCAGCCCCAGCUGGUCUACCCUGACCAUCCCGCCGUCGCGUGGGGGCUGGCGGACCACUUCCGUCUCCGCUCGUGGCGGCCAGGAAAACCUCCCUCUCGCCCGGGCACCCCACCAGGGUACCAGCCCCCCGUCCCGGGAAGAGGGCCUCACCCUGCAGUCCGGGCCCGGGCUCAUGGGGCGGAUGCGGGCGACGCAGCUCACCACCGCAGCCGCUCCGGGCCUCGGGCCGCGCCCCCUUCCUUCCCCGUCCACCUCUCCCUCCCCCCUCCGGCCGGCACGCGGUGGGGUCCUGCGGGGCCUCCGGGAAGAGCACAAAACCAGCAAAUAAAAGAGUUAGAACCAUC